AUGCACGAAGGAAUAUUCUCGAAGUACUCUAAGAUCCCACAGAGAACAGCAAAGAAAGUCAUCACAGACGACGAGGAAGGAGAAAGAAGAAUUCAAAUGGCAGCAAGAAGUUCAUUGAUCCGCUUUGCCUUCGUCUGCAUUGUCUUGGCCGUAUUGGUCAUGACUGCCGAGUCACACGCCGGGCACCACCAUGGUCCAGCUAAGGCUCCCGCUAUGGCUCCAGGUGCUCCGGCUCCAAGUGCUGCCACUUUCUCCGCAUAUCCUCAGCUCAUUGCCACCGCGUUGGUCGGUGCCUUGUCUUUCGUUUUCUAAGAUGUGUUUCCCAUCAUCUUCCGAGUGUUUGCCUUCUGAGUUGUUAAUUACUUUUACAUUUUAAUGUCUUCCUUGUUUUUGUUUGGUCAUUAACCAAAACAAAAAGUUUGUGAUGUUCUGUGUUUAUCACAAUAAUUAAUAUCUAUAAAACAUCUAUCAUUUUAUGUUUUA